CAUCUCCGUUCCCAGCGACGGGGGGUGCCGCAGACCCAAAGGAGCGGCCCUCCCGGGAAGCAGCGCCGGGAGCGGAAGUGGAGCGUGAGGAGAGCGAGUGCAGUGCAGCCUCUCUAGACUCUGGGGGGCCGAGGUGGGCGUGAGCGAAGAUUUUAAUUUAAUUUGAAAAUGAGUAAGUGCAGAAAGCCACCACAGGGUUCAAGUCCUGAGACAUUCAGCCCAGAUGUUCUUGCUGACAUUUUUGAACUCUUUACCAAGAACUUUUCCUAUGGCAGGGCACUUAAUAAUGAGUGGCAGUUACCUGAUCCCAGUGAGAUUUUCACCUGUGACCACACGGAAUUUCACACGUUUCUUAAUUUGAAGGAAUCCCUAAAUGAAGUGAAAAACCUACUGAGUGAUAAGAAACUGGAUGAGUGGCAUGAGCACACUGCUUUCACUAAUAAAGCUGGAAAAAUAAUUGCCCAUGUGAGAAAAUCUGUGAACGCUGAACUUUGUACUCAAGCAUGGUGUAAGUUUCAUGAAAUUUUGUGCAGCUUUCCACUUAUCCCACAGGAAGCUUUUCAGAAUGGAAAACUGAAUUCUCUACAUCUUUGUGAAGCUCCUGGAGCUUUUAUAGCUAGUCUCAAUCACUACUUAAAGUCCCAUCGCUUCCCUUGUGAUUGGAACUGGGUGGCUAAUACCCUGAAUCCAUACCAUGAAGCAAAUGACAAUCUUAUGAUGAUUAUGGAUGACCGACUUAUUGUAAAUACCUUGCAGUGGUGGUACUUUGGUCCUGAUAACACUGGUGAUAUCAUGACCUUGAAAUACCUGACUGGACUUCAGAAUUUCAUAAGCGACAUGGCUACCGUUCACUUGAUCACUGCAGAUGGGAGUUUUGACUGCCAAGGCAACCCAGGUGAACAAGAAGCCUUAGUCUCUUCUUUGCAUUACUGUGAAGUUGUUACAGCUCUGACCACUCUUGGAAAUGGUGGCUCUUUUGUUCUGAAGAUGUUUACUUUGUUCGAACAUUGUUCCAUAAACCUGAUGUACCUGCUAAACUGUUCCUUUGACCAAGUCCAUGUUUUCAAACCUGCUACUAGCAAGGCAGGGAACUCAGAAGUCUAUGUGGUAUGUCUCCACUAUAAGGGAAGAGAGGCAAUCCAACCUCUGUUAUCUAAGAUGGUACUGAAUUUUGGGACUGAAAUGACCAGGAAGGCUCUCUUUCCUGGUCAUGUGAUUCCUGAAUCUUUUCUUAAAAGGCAUGAAGAAUGUUGUGUGUUCUUUCAUAAGUACCAGCUAGAGACUAUUUCUGAGAACAUUCGUCUGUUUGAGUGCAUGGGGAAAGGGGAACAAGCGAAGCUGAAUCAUUUACGGGACUGUGCUGUUCAGUAUUUCAUGCAAAAGUUUCAACUGAAGCCUCUCUCCAGAAAUAAUUGGCUAGUAAAAAAAUCUAAUAUUGGUUGUAGUACAAAUACAAAAUGGUUUGGGCACAGGAACAGGUAUUUUAAAACCUAUAAUGAAAGGAAAAUGCUGGAAACCCUUUCAUGGAAAGAUAAGGUGGCCAAAGGUUAUUUUAAUAGUUGGGCUGAAGAACAUGCUGCUUAUCAUCCUGGGCAGCGUUCUCUUUUGGAAGGGACAUCUAAUCUUGAGUGUCACUCAUGGCAUAUUUUAGAGGGAAAGAAACUGCCGAAGGUAAAGUGUUCUCCUUUCUGUGAUGGGGAAAUUUUAAAGGCUCUGAAUGAAGUGAUUGAAAAGUCAUUAGGAGGAGCCUUGAAUUUGGAUUCCAAGUUGAGGCCAAAGCAGCAGUAUUAUUGUUCUUGCCACGUUUUUUCUGAAGAACUGAUAUUUUCUGAGUUGUUCAGCCUUAUCAGGUGCCUUCAGGAUGAGCAGGUUGUAGAACCCAGCAAGCAAAUCAAGUGCCUGCUUGUGGGUUUUCCAUCUGUCCGUGAUGUCAAAAUGCAUAUACCACUGGAAAUUCAACUCCUAGAAUCAGCUGAACUCAUGGCUUUUAGCUGUUCAUUACUUCAUGAUGGAGACCCAACUUACCAGCAGUUAUUUUUGGACUGCCUGCUACAUUCAUUGCAGCAGCUUCGUACAGGAGAUGUUAUGAUUUUGCCUGUACUCUCUUGUCUCACGAGAUUUGUGGCUGGUUUGAUCUUUGUACUCUACAGCUGUUUUAGGUUCAUCACAUUUUCUUGUCCAGUUUCCUCUGAGUCCCUGAAAACCUGUGCAGUCCUGCUAUGUGUUGGUUAUCAGGACCUUCCAAAUCCAGUUUUCCAGUAUUUGCAGAACAUGAAUGAAUUGUUGAGCUCUUUUCUUAACUCUGAUGCACCCCACCAAGUUUUACAGUUUGUGCCAAUGGAGGUGCUCCUUAAGGGGGCACUACUUGAUUUUUUGUGGGAUUUGAAUGCUGCCAUUGCUAAAAGGCAUUUGCAUUUGAUUAUUCAAGGGGAGCAAGAUGGAAUCAGCAGCAGCCUUCAGUUAUGAAAUUGAACUUGCCUGUCCUGAGACUUAGCUUUAUGGCUCCUUAAACUUUCCAUUGCUAACUGCUACCCUUUGCUGUUAAUUUAAGACCUUUCAUUUUGGGGAAAGGCCAACUUCUGCAUCAUUUAGUAUCUCUAUUUCUGGAAAACCAUCAGCUAGUUCUGAUCUACAGGCAUAGAGUUUUCCAUGUGGUGGAAUCUAUGCAGUUGAUGAUAUUCAACUUCAAACAUGAGAUAUGUGGAUGUGCUUGGGGUGGACACACCCAAACUUGCAUAUGCAGUUCAGUUGGUCUUAUCUAUCUGCAUAGUAUUUGUACCUGUGUGCCUUCAUUCAGAUUACAUAUUUUUCCAACAAAUUUUCAGUCAGUGGCUAAUGCUGUUAAUGAGUUGAUAGAGGUCUUUAAUGGAAGGAGGUGAGCCACUCCAGCAAUACUGAUUUCCUUUAACACUGACCACAUCAGUUAGGGAUUUGGGGAACUUAUCUUGCCAGAUCUUGAUACGUGCUAUUGAUUGUAUUUAGGCCAUUGACCCAGUUUACUUUUAUGGUUCAAAUGAGUGUGCUGUUCUGUGAGUUUUGUACUAACCACAACCAAACCAGCUAGAAAGGAUAUCAGGACAGCUUCAAGCCAAAGAUCAUGUAUAAAACAAAGAACAAUUACUGUGUCUAACACACUCCUGUGUCAUGAAAAGCUUUAUUUAGCAGUGGUGUAAUACUUUUUAACUUCCAGGAAGUAAUCUGUGACGUAAAAGAUUUUCACAAUUGCAAAAUAGUGUUUAUGGUCUCAUAUUGGGGCAGAUGAACAGGAUGAAUAUAGUGAAUACUGAAGGAAAAAAUUUUAAUACUUUCAGAAUGAUGGUUCAGCAUAAAAUUUUUACUAACUUUUGGUACAACCUUUACUAAUUCUUUUUUCAGUGUAAAGUAGCACUUUGCCAGGAAAUUAACUAACUGAGAUGAUUAUUUUAUCAGUUAUGUUUAUUUAUUUUGAAUUAUAUGUAUUUGACAGUGUGAAAGAGCUUUUCUGACAGACUAUUAAGCAAAUCUUCAUUACUUUGAAAUUCCUCAAAGUGGAGAAUACUUGUAUUUUCAUGUGCAUUUUAGACAUUUUUGUUAUAUGAAAAAUAAUUCUCUGAUGUAUUUGAUAAAUAUUAAUGUAAACUUUUUAUGUUCUUUGCUGUUUUGAGUUUCAUUAUAGAUUCAUGAAUAAAGUCAUUAAAAGAGA